AUUCAGCUCACAAGCCCGGGCCAGGGGACUGGGCGGCAGCGACUCCUCCGGCUCCUGAGAAGCGGAUCCGCUCCGGGCCACCGCAAUGCCAGGAGCGGCCGGGGUCCUCCUGGUCCUGCUGCUCAGCCGGGGCCUCGGGGGCGGCGGGGCGCAGCGGCCAGAGCAGCGGCAGCGGCAGCUCCAGCUCCAGGCACAUCAGCAAAGAGGUUUAUUCCCUGCUGUCCUGAAUCUUGCUUCUAAUGCUCUCAUCACCACAAAUGCAACAUGUGGAGAAAAAGGACCUGAAAUGUAUUGCAAAUUGGUAGAGCAUGUCCCUGGGCAGCCCGUGAGGAACCCCCAAUGUCGAAUCUGCAAUCAAAACAGCAGCAAUCCAUACCAGAGACACCCGAUUACAAAUGCUAUUGAUGGAAAGAACACUUGGUGGCAGAGUCCCAGUAUUAAGAAUGGAAUUGAAUACCAUUAUGUGACAAUUACACUGGAUUUACAGCAGGUGUUCCAGAUUGCAUAUGUGAUUGUGAAAGCGGCAAACUCCCCUCGGCCUGGAAACUGGAUUUUGGAACGCUCGCUUGAUAAUGUUGAAUACAAUCCCUGGCAGUAUCAUGCCGUGACAGACACCGAGUGUCUAACUCUCUACAAUAUUUAUCCCCGCACUGGACCACCAUCCUAUGCCAAAGACGAUGAGGUCAUCUGCACUUCCUUUUAUUCCAAGAUACACCCCUUAGAAAACGGAGAGAUUCACAUCUCUUUGAUCAAUGGGAGACCAAGUGCUGAUGACCCUUCUCCUGAACUGCUAGAAUUUACCUCUGCUCGCUAUAUUCGCCUGAGAUUUCAGAGGAUCCGGACCUUGAAUGCUGAUUUGAUGAUGUUUGCUCACAAAGACCCAAGAGAAAUAGACCCGAUUGUCACCCGAAGAUAUUACUACUCGGUCAAGGAUAUUUCGGUCGGAGGGAUGUGCAUCUGCUAUGGUCAUGCCAGGGCUUGUCCACUUGAUCCGGUGACAAAUAAAUCCCGCUGUGAGUGUGAGCAUAAUACAUGUGGUGAUAGCUGUGAUCAGUGCUGUCCGGGAUUCCAUCAGAAACCCUGGCGAGCUGGGACUUUUCUGACUAAAACAGAAUGUGAAGCAUGCAAUUGUCAUGGGAAAGCUGAAGAAUGCUACUAUGAUGAAAAUGUUGCCAGAAGAAAUCUGAGCUUAAAUAUCCAUGGAAAGUACAUUGGAGGGGGUGUGUGCAUUAACUGCACCCAAAACACGGCUGGUAUAAACUGUGAGACAUGCAUUGAUGGUUUCUUCAGGCCCAAAGGGGUAUCUCCAAAUUAUCCAAGACCAUGCCAGCCAUGCCAUUGUGAUCCAGUUGGUUCCUUAAAUGAAGUCUGUGUGAAGGAUGAAAAACAUGCUCGACGAGGUCUGGCACCUGGGUCUUGUCAUUGCAGACCUGGCUUCAGAGGUGUGAGCUGUGACCGCUGUGCCCGGGGCUACACUGGCUACCCAGACUGCAAGCCGUGUAACUGCAGUGGUGCAGGGAGCACAAAUGAGGACCCUUGCUUUGGACCCUGCAACUGCAAGGAGAAUGUUGAAGGUGGGGAUUGCAGUCGCUGUAAAGCCGGCUUCUUCAAUUUGCAAGAGGAUAAUCGUAAAGGUUGUGAUGAGUGUUUCUGUUCCGGGGUUUCAGACAGAUGUCAGAGCUCCUACUGGACCUAUGGCCGUAUACAAGACAUGCGUGGCUGGUACCUGAUGGACAUCUCUGGCCGCGUUCAAGUGGCUCCCCAGCAGGAUGACUUAGACCCACCUCAGCAGAUCAGCAUCAGCAGUGAGGAAUCCCACCGUGCUUUGCCACAGGGCUACUACUGGAGUGCACCAGCUCCAUAUCUGGGAAACAAACUUACCGCAGCUGGAGGACAAUUGACGUUUACCAUAUCAUAUGACUUCGAAGAAGAAGAAGAAGAAGAUACAGAACGUGUACUCCAGAUUAUGGUUAUCUUAGAGGGAAAUGACUUGAGAAUCAGCACAGCCCAAGAUGAGGUGUAUCUGCAACCGUAUGAAGAACAUAUUCAUGUACUGUCACUUAAAGAAGAAUUGUUUACCAUACAUGGCACAAAUUUCCCUGUCAGUAGAAGAGAGCUGAUGACAGUGCUUGCGAAUUUGAAGAGAGUCCUCUUACAAAUCACGUACAGCCUUGGGAUGGAUGCCAUCUUCAGGUUAGGCUCUGUUGGCCUUGAAUCCGCGGUCCCCUAUCCUACUGACAGAAGCCUUGCAGCAGCUGUGGAGGUUUGUCAAUGUCCUCCCGGGUACACUGGUUCUUCUUGUGAAAAGAGACACCAAGCUAAUGCUUCCUCUAAUCUCAUACCUGCCAGUAACGCUAAGUCUUGUUGGCCUCGGCACAGACGAAUUAAUGGCACUAUUUUUGGUGGCAUCUGUGAACCAUGUCAAUGCUUUGGUCAUGCAGAAUCCUGUGAUGACAUCACCGGAGAAUGCCUGAACUGUAAGAAUCACACAGGUGGCCCAUACUGCAAUAAAUGUCUUCCUGGUUACUAUGGUGAUCCUAGUAAAGGAACCUCUGAAGACUGUCAGCCCUGUGCCUGUCCACUCAAUAUCCCAUCCAAUAACUUUAGCCCGACGUGCCAUUUAGACCGAAGUCUCGGACUGAUCUGUGAUGCAUGCUCUGUCGGGUACAGAGGACCACGCUGUGAGAGGUGUGCAGAAGGCUAUUUUGGACAACCUUCUGUACCUGGAGGAUCAUGUCAGCCAUGCCAAUGCAGUGACAACCUUGACUUCUCCAUGCCUGGCAGCUGUGACAGCUUGUCUGGCUCCUGUCUGAUAUGUAAGCCAGGUACAACAGGCCGCUUCUGUGAGCUCUGUGCUGAUGGGUAUUUUGGAGACGCAGUUGAUGCAAAGAACUGUCAGCCUUGUCGCUGUAAUGUCAACAGCUCCUUCUCUGAGAGUUGCCAUGCCAGGACGGGACAGUGUGAAUGCAAACCUAACGUGCAGGGACGGCGGUGUGAUGAGUGUAAGCCCGGUACAUGGUGGGAUCCAGAGAAGCAGUUCUGUGUGUGGUGUGACUGCAAUCCCGUUGGCUCUGUGACACCGUGGUGUGAUGUGACAGGAAGAUGUGCGUGUAAAUCUGGCUUCGUAGGGCGACAGUGCCGCCUCAGCAGGCAGAUGCAGCGGCAGGAGGAGAAGUCACAGAGAGCACAGCGGGGGCCAGGGCCUCCUCUGAGGUGGGCUGUCAGCAGCUCCAGCGGGUGCCCUCGGGGAGCCUAUCGGGCCCCAGCUCCGCCUGAAACCUUUGGCCUACAAUCAGGAAGGGGGUGUGUUCCCUGCAAUUGCAAUUCCUUUGGGUCUAAAUCAUUCGACUGUGAAGAGAGUGGUCAGUGUUGGUGCCAGCCUGGAGUGACAGGAAAGAAAUGUGACCGCUGUGCCCAUGGCUAUUUCAACUUCCAAGAAGGAGGCUGCACAGCUUGUGACUGUUCCCAUCUGGGAAAUAACUGUGACCCAAAGACUGGUCAGUGCAUUUGCCCUCCCAAUACCAUUGGAGAGAAAUGUUCUAAAUGUGCACCUAAUACCUGGGGCCACAGCAUCACCACUGGUUGUAAGGCUUGUAACUGCAGCACAGUGGGAUCCUUGGAUUUCCAAUGUAAUAUAAACACGGGCCAAUGCAGCUGUCACCCCAAAUUCUCCGGUGCCAAAUGUACAGAGUGCAGCCGAGGUCACUGGAACUACCCUCAUUGCACUCCCUGUGAGUGCUUCCUGCCCGGGACGGAUGACAGGACCUGUGACCCAGAGACUAAAAAGUGCUCCUGUAUUGAUCAGACUGGGCAGUGCACCUGUAAGGUGAAUGUAGAAGGUGUCCACUGUGAUAGGUGCCAGCCGGGCAAAUUUGGACUUGAUGCCAAGAACCCACUAGGCUGCAGCAACUGCUAUUGCUUCGGGGCUACUACCCAGUGCUCUGAAGCAAAAGGACUGAUCCGUACGUGGGUGACUCUGAAGCCUGAGCAGACCAUUCUGCCCCUGGUGGACGAGGCCCUGCAGCACACCACUACCAAAGGCAUCGUUUUUCAACACCCAGAGAUUGUUGCACACAUGGACCUCGUGAGACAGGAACUCCGUCUGGAACCUUUUUAUUGGAAACUUCCAGAACAGUUUGAAGGACGGAAGUUGAUGGCCUACGGUGGCAAACUCAAGUACGCAAUCUAUUUUGAGGCUCGGGAAGAGACAGGUUUCUCUACCUAUAAUCCUCAAGUUAUCAUUCGAGGUGGUACCCCUACGCAUGCUAGAAUUAUCAUCAGGCAUAUGGCUGCUCCUCUAAUUGGCCAAUUGACACGGCAUGAAAUCGAAAUGACGGAGAAAGAAUGGAAAUAUUACGGUGAUGAUCCUCGAAUCAGUAGAACAGUGACCCGUGAAGACUUCUUGGAUAUUCUAUAUGAUAUUCAUUAUAUUCUUAUCAAGGCAACUUAUGGAAAUAUCAUGAGACAAAGCAGGAUUUCUGAGAUCUCAAUGGAGGAAGCUGAACAAGGGCACCUAACAGCUGUGACUUCUCCAGCUCGCUCCAUAGAAAGAUGUGAUUGUCCCCCAGGCUAUUCUGGUCUGUCCUGUGAGACAUGCAUGCCAGGAUUUUAUCGACUGCGGUCUGAGCCGGGUAGCCACACUCCUAGACCAACUCUGGGCACCUGCGUUCCAUGUCAGUGUAAUGGACACAGUAGCCUGUGUGAUCCUGAAACCUCCAAAUGCCAGAAUUGUCAACAUCACACCGCUGGUGACUUCUGUGAACGAUGUGCUCCUGGAUAUUAUGGAAUUGUCAGGGGAUUGCCAAAUGACUGUCAGCAGUGUGCUUGCCCUCUAACUUCUUCCAGCAACAAUUUUAGCCCUUCUUGUGUCAUGGAAGGCCUGGAAGAUUACCGUUGCACCGCCUGCCCCCAGGGAUAUGAAGGCCAGUACUGUGAACGGUGUGCCCCUGGCUAUACUGGCAGCCCCAGCAGCCCUGGAGGUUCCUGCCAAGAAUGUAAGUGUGACCCCCGUGGCUCGCUGCCUGUCCCCUGUGACCCCAUCACAGGGCUCUGCACGUGCCGACCUGGAGCCACAGGGCAGAAGUGUGACGGCUGCAAGCCCUGGCAUGCACGCGAGGGCAUGGAGUGUGUGUUUUGUGGUGAUGAAUGCACAGGCCUUCUUCUCGGUGACUUGGCUCGCCUAGAGCAGAUGGCCAUGAGUAUCAACCUCACUGGCCCACUACCUGCCCCAUAUAAAAUGCUGUAUGGUCUCGAAAAUAUGACUCAAGAACUAAAGCACUUGCUCUCACCUCAGCGGGCCCCAGAGAGGCUCAUUCAAUUGGCAGAAGGCAAUCUGAACACGCUCGUGUCGGAAAUGAAUGAGCUUCUGACCAGGGCUACCAAAGUGACAGCAGAUGGCGAGCAAACUGGACAGGAUGCUGAGAGGACCAACAGGAGAGCAGAUUCCUUAGGAGGAUUCAUUAAGGAGCUUUCCCAGGAUGCAGAAGCUGUAAAUGAAAAAGCUGUAAGACUAAAUGAAACUCUAGGAACUCAAGACAAGGCCUUUGAGAGAAAUUUGCAAGGGCUUCAGAAAGAGAUUGAUCAGAUGAUGGCAGAACUGAGGAGAAAAAAUCUAGAUAAACAAAAGGAAGUUGCUGAAGAUGAGUUAGUAGCUGCAGAAGGCCUUCUGAAGAAGGUGAAGAAGUUAUUUGGAGAAUCCCGAGGGAAAAACGAGGAAAUGGAGAAGGGUCUCCGGGCAAUAUUGGCAGACUACAAAGACAAAGUUGAUGAUGCUUGGGACCUGUUGAGAGAAGCCAUGGAGAAAAUCAGAGAGGCUAAUCGCUUUUCUUCAGCAAACCAGAAAAACAUGACUGCUUUGGAGAAAAAGAAGGAGGCUAUUGAACGUGACAAACAACAAACUGAGAACACUUUAAAAGAAGGCAGUGACAUACUUGAUGAAGCCAACCGUCUUGCAGGCGAAAUCAACUCAGUCAUAGAUUAUGUUGAAGACAUUCAAACUAAAUUGCCACCCAUGUCUGAAGAGCUUAAAGAUAAAAUCGAUGACCUUGCCCAGGAAAUAAAGGACAGGAACCUUGCGGAGAAGGUGUCCCAGGCUGAGAGCCAUGCAGCUCAGCUGAAUGACUCAUCUGCUGUCCUUGAUGGAAUCCUUGAUGAGGCCAAAAACAUCUCCUUCAAUGCCACUGCAGCCUUCAAUGCUUACAGCCAUAUUAAGGACUCUAUUGAUGAAGCUGAGAAAAUAGCCCAAGAAGCUAAAGGUCUUGCGCACGAAGCUACAAAACUGGCAACAGGUCCUCAGGGUUCACUAAAGGAAGGUGCCAAAGGCUCUCUUCAGAAAAGCUUUGGGAUUCUUAAUGAAGCCAAGAAGUUAGCAAAUGCCGUAAAAGAAAAUGAUGACUAUCUGAAUGGCUUAAUAACCAGAUUAGAAAAUGCAGAUGUUAGAAAUGAGGAUCUCCUGAGAGCUUUGAAUGACACUUUGGGGAAGCUGUCAGCCAUUCCAAAUGACUCUUUGCUUCGUUCCUCAUACCCUCUCCUGCCAACAGACACAGCUGCUAAACUGCAAGCCGUUAAGGACAAAGCAAGACAAGCCAAUGACACAGCAAAAGACGUAUUGGCACAGAUUAAAGAUCUCCACCAGAACCUUGAUGGCCUGAAGAAAAAUUACAAUCAACUAGCAGACAGCGUAGCCAAAACAAAUGCUGUGGUAAAAGAUCCUUCGAAGAACAAAAUCAUUGCAGAUGCCCAUGCCACUGUGAAAAAUCUAGAACAAGAAGCUGAUCGUCUGAUAGAUAAACUCAAACCCAUCAAGGAACUUGAGGAUAACCUAAAGAAAAACAUCUCUGAGAUAAAGGAACUGAUAAACCAAGCCCGGAAACAGGCUAAUUCUAUCAAAGUAUCUGUGUCUUCCGGAGGUGACUGCAUUCGAACAUACAAGCCGGAAAUCAAGAAAGGAAGCUACAAUAAUAUCAUUGUCAACGUAAAGACAGCUGUUGCUGACAACCUCCUUUUUUAUCUUGGAAGUGCCAAAUUUAUUGACUUUCUGGCUAUAGAAAUGCGGAAAGGCAAAGUAAGCUUCCUCUGGGAUGUUGGAUCUGGAGUUGGACGUGUAGAGUACCCAGAUUUGACUAUUGAUGACUCUUAUUGGUACCGUAUUGAGGCAUCAAGAACUGGGAGGAAUGGGACCAUUUCUGUGAGAGCCCUGGAUGGACCCAAAGCCAGCAUUGUGCCCAGUACCUACCACGCAGCUUCUCCUCCAGGGUAUACUAUUCUCGAUGUGGACGCAAACGCAAUGCUGUUUGUUGGUGGCUUGACUGGGAAACUGAAGAAGGCUGAUGCUGUGCGCGUGAUUACAUUCACGGGCUGUAUGGGAGAAACCUACUUUGACAGCAAACCUAUAGGGUUGUGGAAUUUCCGAGAAAAAGAAGGUGACUGCAAAGGAUGUACUGUCAGUCCUCAGGUAGAAGAUAGUGAAGGGACUAUUCAGUUUGAUGGAGAAGGGUACGCAUUGGUCAGCCGCCCCAUUCGCUGGUACCCCAACAUCUCAACUGUCAUGUUCAAGUUCAGGACAUUUUCUUCAAGUGCUCUCCUGAUGUACCUUGCCACACGAGACCUGAAAGAUUUCAUGAGUGUAGAGCUCACUGAUGGGCAUGUAAAAGUCAGCUAUGAUCUGGGUUCAGGAAUGGCUUCUGUUGUCAGCAAUCAAAACCAUAAUGAUGGGAAAUGGAAAUCCUUCACCCUGUCAAGAAUUCAGAAACAAGCCAACAUAUCAAUUGUAGACAUAGAUACUAACCAGGAGGAGAGCAUAGCAACUUCAUCUUCUGGAAACAACUUUGGUCUUGACUUAAAAGCAGAUGACAAAAUAUAUUUUGGUGGUCUGCCAACACUGAGAAACUUGAGUAUGAAAGCAAGACCAGAAGUAAAUUUGAAGAAAUAUUCUGGCUGCCUCAAGGAUAUUGAAAUUUCAAGAACUCCAUAUAAUAUACUCAGUAGCCCUGAUUAUGUCGGUGUUACCAAAGGAUGUUCACUGGAGAACGUUUACACAGUCAGCUUCCCCAAGCCUGGUUUCAUAGAGCUGCCCCCUGUGCCAGUUGAUGUAGGGACAGAAAUCAACCUGUCCUUCAGCACCAAGAAUGAGUCUGGGAUCAUUCUCUUGGGAAGUGGAGGGACACCAACACAACCUCGGAGGAAACGAAGGCAAACUGGACAGGCCUAUUAUGCGAUAUUCCUGAACAAGGGACGUCUGGAAGUGCAUCUCUCCAUGGGCACAAGAACAAUGAGGAAAAUCGUCAUCAAACCAGAGCCGAGUCUGUUUCACGACGGGAGAGAACAUUCCGUUCAUGUCGAGAGAACUAAAGGCAUCUUUAUUGUUCAAGUCGAUGAAGACAGAAGCCAUAUGCAAAACCUGACAGUAGAACAGGCAAUCCAAGUUAAAAAGCUUUUCGUUGGGGGUGCUCCACCUGAAUUUCAGCCUCCGCCUCUCAGAAAUAUUCCUCCUUUUGAAGGCUGUGUAUGGAACCUUGUUAUAAACUCUGUCCCCAUGGACUUUGCACAGCCUGUAUCCUUCAAAAAUGCGGACAUUGGUCGUUGCGCCCAUCAGAAGCCCCCUGAGGAUGAAGAUGGAGCAGUUCCAGCUGAACUAGUGACCCAGCCGGAGCCAGUCCCCACCCCUGCCUUUCCCACACCCACCCCAAUUGUGGCACAUGGUCCUUGUGCGGCAGAAUCAGAGCCAGCUCUUUUAUUAGGGAGCAAGCAGUUUGGGCUUUCGAGAAAUAGCCACAUUGCAAUUGCUUUUGAUGACACCAAAGUUAAAAACCGCCUCACAAUUGAGUUUGAAGUGCGAACGGAAGCUGAAUCGGGCCUGCUUUUUUACAUGGCUCGGAUCAAUCACGCGGAUUUUGCUACUGUUCAGCUGAGAAAUGGAUUGCCCUAUUUCAGUUAUGACUUGGGAAGCGGUGACACCCACACCAUGAUCCCCACCAAAAUCAACGACGGUCAGUGGCAUAAGAUUAAGAUUAUGCGAAUUAAGCAAGAAGGAAUUAUUUAUGUAGAUGAUGCCUCCAACAGAACCAUCAGUCCCAAGAAAGCGGAUAUCCUGGAUGUGGUGGGAAUGCUGUAUGUUGGCGGGCUACCCAUCAACUACACUACCCGAAGAAUUGGUCCAGUGACCUACAGCAUUGAUGGCUGCAUCAGGAAUUUUCAGAUGGUGGAGGCCCCUGCUGAUCUUGAACAGCCAACCUCCAGCUUCCAUGUUGGAACAUGUUUUGCUAAUGCUCAGAAAGGAACAUAUUUUGAUGGAACAGGUUUUGCCAAAGCAGUUGGUGGGUUCAAAGUGGGAUUGGACCUUCUUGUAGAAUUUGAAUUCCGCACAACUAGAACCACUGGAGUUCUCCUGGGAAUCAGCAGUCAGAAAAUGGAUGGAAUUGGUAUUGAAAUGAUUGAUGAAAAGCUUAUGUUUCAUGUGGACAAUGGCGCUGGCCGAUUCACUGCUGUCUAUGAUGCUGGGAUCCCAGGGCAUUUGUGUGACGGAAAGUGGCAUAGAGUCAUAGCCAACAAGAUCAAACACCGCAUUGAGCUAACAGUAGAUGGGAAUCAGGUGGAAGCCCAGAGCCCAAACCAAGCAUCUACAUCAGCUGAUACAAAUGACCCUGUGUUUGUUGGUGGUUUCCCAGAUGGCCUCAACCAGUUUGGUCUGACAACCAACAUUAGGUUUCGAGGUUGCAUCCGAUCUCUGAGGCUCACCAAAGGCACAGGCAAGCCACUGGAGGUCAAUUUUGCCAAGGCCCUGGAGCUAUGGGGUGUUCAACCUGUAUCAUGCCCAGUCAACUAAUACAAAUCAGUUUAACUCCAAGAAAGGUCCUUCAAGUAGAUCGAGUAAAACAAAUAUAUCUUACCUAUAUAUGCUAUUAAAACUAAUUUGUGCAUGUAUAUUGAAUUCUUUCUGUACUCAGAUGGUGCUAAUGCAGAUCCCAGACUGAAUUUAAAUUCAAGUUUUCUCAAGUCCAUAAAUAUUAAACCAAUUAUUUCAUUCUAAA